AUGUACAAGUCUCACCAAGCCAGAGGACCCGCAAAGGGCUACUUUGAAGCACUCGAACAUCGUCUGCAUGAGACGGAACACGUACUGUUGAGAUUGCUGGCUCACAUGAGCGACGAGCAGUUGUCGAUUGCUGUGGAACGCGACCAGUCACCCUUUCUGCGUUCCAGGAAGAACGAUGCGCAAUAUUGGAGACGACAUCCAUUGCGCACGGCUCGUGAUCUUCGAGAGUGGCAGCAUGACUGUUCGGUAGAAAAACGAGUGGCGGGUCCUCUUGUGACCUCGCCAUCGAGAUGCACCGAAUUUUCUGCGCAAUCGGAAGUCGAAGCUGAUGAAAAUAGUCCAGUCGCGUCUGAAAGUCAGCAAACAGAGCUACAACCUGUACCUCCUUAUGAACAGGCUACAGGCGCACACGAAGAGGGGCUGAAAUCCACUCAAGCGAUCCACGGUAACGUCGUGAAUCAACGAGUCGCAUGGAAGGAUGGUUACGACUCAUCCAACGAGCUGAGAAAAUCGCCAACAGCAAGGGGAUCCAUCUAUAUACCGUCGUCGUUGGAGCGUACCCAGUUAGAAGAUACGCAGUCCUUACACGCCGGUACUCCUCCCGGACCAAGCCUUUGGAGUGAAGCGCCCUCGGUAGCUUUCCAGCGACAAUUCCUCUGGUAG